CCCCGCGCCACCGUCCUCGCCGCUCAGCUGCGGCUCCGGCGCCCCGCGGCCCCGAAAGCGCACGGCGAGGAGGUGACUAUGGAGGCCGGUGGGCUGCCCCUGGAGCUGUGGCGCAUGAUCUUAGCCUACUUGCACCUCCCGGACCUAGGCCGCUGCAGCCUGGUAUGCAGAGCCUGGUACGAGCUGAUCCUCAGCCUGGACAGCACGCGCUGGCGUCAGCUCUGCCUGGGUUGUACCGAGUGCCGCCACCCCAACUGGCCCAACCAGCCUGACGUGGAGCCCAAGUCUUGGCGGGAGGCCUUCAAGCAACACUACCUGGCCUCGAAGACAUGGGCCAAAAAUGCCCUGGACCUGGAGUCAUCCGUCUGCUUUUCUCUCUUCCGCCGGCGGAGGGAACGGCGGACUUUGAGCGUGGGACUGGGCCGUGAGUUUGACAGCCUGGGCAGCGCCCUGGCUAUGGCCAGCCUCUACGACCGCAUCAUGCUAUUCCCAGGCGUGUAUGAGGAGCAAGGCGAGAUCAUCCUGAAGGUGCCUGUGGAGAUUGUGGGCCACGGCAAGCUGGGGGAGGUGACCUUGCUGGCUAGUAUCGACCAGCACUGCUCCACCACGCGCCUGUGCAACCUGGUCUUUAUGCCGGCGUGGUUCUCCCCCUUCAUGUUCAAGACCACAUCGGGCCAUGUCCAAUUUGACAACUGCAACUUUGAGAAUGGCCACAUCCAGAUCCAUGGCCCGGGCACAUGCCAGGUGAAGUUCUGCACCUUCAAAAACACCCAUGUCUUCCUGCACAACGUGCCCCUAUGCAUCCUGGAGAACUGUGAGUUUGUGGGCAAUGAGAACAACUCUGUGACUGUGGAGGGACACCCAUCGGCAGACCGGAACUGGGCCUACAAGUACCUCCUGGGGCUCAUCAAGUCCUCGCCCAGUAUGCUCCCCACAGAGGACUCAGACACUCUCAUGUCCCUGGACCUGGAGAGCAGGGACCAAGCGUGGAGCCCCAAAACCUGUGACAUUGUCAUCGAGGGCAGCCAGAGUCCCACCAGCCCCGCCUCCAGCUCCCCAAAGCCCGGUUCCAAGGCCAGCUCCCAGGAGACAGAGGGGGGUAGUGAUGGGGAGCGGUUGGCUCAGACCCCUGACAGCAGUGACGGGGGCCUCAGUCCCAGUGGCGAGGAUGAGGAUGAGGACCAGCUAACAUAUCGAUUGUCCUACCAAGUGCAGGGCCCACGCCCAGUCCUGGGGGGCUCCUUCCUAGGCCCUCCACUGCCAGGAGCUUCCAUCCAGCUGCCCAGUUGUCUUGUGCUCAACUCUCUACAGCAGGAACUGCAGAAGGACAAAGAGGCCAUGGCUCUGGCCAGCUCAAUACAGGGAUGCCUCAUCCGCAAGUGCCUCUUCCGGGAUGGGAAGGGUGGUGUGUUUGUAUGCUCCUAUGGCCGUGCCAAGAUGGAGGGCAACAUCUUCCGGAACCUGACCUACGCGGUGCGCUGCAUCCACAAUAGCAAGAUCGUUAUGCUCAGGAAUGAUAUCCACCGCUGCCGGGCCUCAGGCAUCUUUCUGCGCUUGGAAGGCGGAGGCCUAAUCGCUGGCAACAACAUCUAUCACAAUGCUGAGGCUGGUGUGGACAUUCGGAAGAAGUCCAACCCACUAAUACUGUGCAACCAGAUCCACCAUGGCUUGCGCUCUGGCAUUGUCGUCCUUGGCAAUGGGAAAGGCGUCAUCAGGAACAACCAGAUCUUCUCAAACAAGGAGGCUGGCAUUUAUAUCCUGUACCAUGGGAACCCAGUUGUGAGUGGGAACCACAUUUUCAAGGGCCGUGCAGCUGGCAUCGCAAUAAAUGAGAACGGCAAAGGCCUCAUCACAGAGAAUGUCAUCCGGGAGAACCAGUGGGGCGGGGUGGACAUCCGCCGUGGUGGCGUGCCCGUGCUCCGCAGCAACCUCAUCUGCUUCGGCUACUCAGACGGCGUGGUUGUGGGUGACCAGGGCAAAGGGCUGAUCGAGGGGAACACCAUCUAUGCCAACAAGGGCUGCGGGGUUUGGAUGAUGUCCUCCAGCCUGCCCCAUGUCACCAGCAACCAUGUCAGCUACAAUGGCCUGUAUGGAGUGGCCGUGUUCAGCCAGAAGGAUGGCUCUGGUGAGCUUCCAGGAGGCCACGGGGCCCAGGAGAACUUCAGUGAGGAUGGGGAUGCUAUCCUCUGGGAGACAGAGUUGGAGAAGGAUGAUGACCCGCUGCGCCGACCUGUCACCGUGGCUCUUGUGGAGUCCAAUAGCAUCAACCACAAUGGGGCCUCCGGAAUGUAUGUGCAGAGCAGCGAGGCAUUACAUGUGGUCACCAACGUGAUCCAUGCCAAUGGGGACCGAGGCAUCACCGUGGCACAGAGCAACCAGCUUACCCGCGUGGCCAACAACAGCAUCUCCUGCAAUCGGCAGAGUGGGGUCCGGGUAGAGGCGCAAUGUAAGGUGGAGCUCCGAGGCAAUGGUGUCUAUGACAACCGUGGUCAUGGCGUCAUCACCAAGGGCGACAACACUGUGGUCAUUGAAAACGACAUUAUUGGCAACCGUGGCAGCGGGCUGCAGCUACUGCCCAAGUCUGACACCAAGGUGAUCAAGAACCGGAUUCACUCAUUCCGGGCCUAUGGCAUCGCCGUACGGGGCCGUGCCAAGGCUCUGGUACAAGAGAACAUCAUCUUCCAGGGCAAGAACAACAAGACCAUCUUUCAGCAGAUCACAAAUAAUCGGGACUGCAUCAUGCAGAACAACAAGUUCUUGGUCUUCAAGAAAAAAUCUGACACGUGGCGCCUCGUGAACCCCCCAGCACGGCCUAACCUGGAGAAUGUCCUCCGUGGCCCCUCAUCAGCCCACAGUGGACAGAAGGUGACGGCCAUGGCAACCCGGAUCUCAGCCCGUGUGGAGGGCGGUUACCACAGCAACCGCAGCAUCUUCUGCACCAUUCUGUGAGAAGACGCUUCAGUGUGGCCCCUCACACAUUGCCCUCAGGGUGCUCGUGACUAAGACGUGGAGACCAUGUGGUGGAAGACAUGGUGUCUGUGGAGAUGCUGGGUCCCCACUGUCCUCUCCUCAGCCCCUCACAAAAGCAGGUUCUCGGGCUGCCCCGGGGACUUGGAACAUCACCCUCCUUUCUGCCCCACAGUCCUCAGCAGUUGGGACUUGGAAGGGAUGAUUCCCGAGGAGAAAAGAGAGCCAAAGGUGGUGCCUUUGUCCGAGCUCUUGGGAAGAAUUGGGGAAACGGGACCUGGAGGUCAGGCCCACCCACUGCUGAUUCUUCCCAGGAACAUCUGCACUUAUGUCCCAUAUUCCUCCCUUUCCCAACUUUCCUGUGCCCCUCCCCCCCAGACUCUGCCACACCUCUUAGCUGCCCAUAGAGGCUGAAGUCUGGAAUCCUUGAGGAGAACAUGGUUCCCCAUUUCUAGACAGAGGUGCAGAAAGUACCCAGGAUGGCGCCCCUCACAGCACCUCCCAGGCUAAGGAGGGUGAGCCACACCAGCUACCCUGCAGGGAUCCAGUCUAUGUAUACCCACGGCCCCUUGAUGUCACCUCCCUGCCGUGGUUUCCCACUGUGCCUUGGCUCUCGCUCUUCCCCUCCUGCUGGCAUGUCCCCCUGGGGUCAGCGCACACACUGCCACCUUAAGAGCCUGUCCUGCCAGUGGCUGUGCCCUUGCUCCUCUGAGCCCCUCAGGUAUUGAGCACUUUCUGCCUUGCUUUGGCAUUUGCCCUGUCCUUUGUCGUCCCUGCCUGGGAACCCUGAGAGGGGACCCAUAUCAUUGUCUGUCCCUGGCGCCCUUGCCCGGCUGGAGGUAUAGGAAGGGCCAAUCCCAGAGGCCUUCACUGGGCUGCACUAUGGCUCCAUCCAGGUCUGACUGGGGGCUCCCACCCCACCCUUCCAGCAGGGUCUUUGCCAGCCCCCACCCCCCAGGGGGUGUACAGUCUCGAACUUUGCAGCCAGCUUCCUGGACUGGUUCUCCUGAGGCCCUGGGUGCUGUUUUCUGGGUGGGGUGAGAGCACAUGUGGGAGACCCUACCCACUCCUGCAUCUUUUUUCUUCCCCCUCUCCUCUCUCCCUCUCUGUCUAUCUGUCUCUCUCUCUCUC